AUGGCAGAGCUGCUGCGCGUGCGCGUGCGCGUGCGCCGGCGCCUCACAUCGCUUCUCUCGCGCGUAAGAAUUUGACAUAUGCAAGCGGGCGCGGCGCGGCGCGGCGCUGACUGCGGCCACAUGGAAGCCACGCGAGCGAAGAGCUUCCUGCAGUCAGCAGCAGGCGCGUGCCGGCCCGCGAUGGGGGUCUGUCGCAGCGCAUGACGGCCGCCGCACGAGAGAUCUGGCGGGCGAGCCUUUGCGUGGCACCAGGAGCCGAGCGAAGCGCCUGACGAGUGAAGCUGAGCCAUUGGAACAUCGCAUCGCAAUAAGUCCUCCCAGACAGCCCCUGCGCUACUACCAUAUCCGCACACAUUCACGCUUCAAGAUCAGUCUCGCUCGUGAGCAUCAGCUAGACUUUCAUCGCGUCUCUCCGCAAUACCGCUCAUCGUCAUCGUCUCCCAUCCGCUGACCCGCAUAUAGCCCUCAAGAAGAUCAUUUCAUCAUGGGUGUUCGCGGUGCGUGCCUCUUGCUAUCCAGCUGCAAGACCUGAAAAAUGCCGCUCUCACGCUGACACGGCUGUCUAUUCCAUCGCGACACACAGACGUCCCAGCCGACGCUUUCAUUACGGCUUACGCCAAUCACUUGAAGAGAGCAGGAAAGAUCGAGGUCCCCACUUGGGCAGACACGGUCAAGACUGGAAAGGGAAAGGAACUGGCCCCGUAUGAUCCUGACUGGUUUUACGUUCGCGCUGGUAAGUACUUAUACUUGGAGUGUUGAAGAGGGUCAGAAGGAUGGGCAGAAAGGCAGUCAGGAAGAAGCCGAUGUGUAGAGGGUGGAUAGAGUCACAGGAGACGCAGGUUGACUGUUUGGGAGGAGCGCACGCACCAAUCAGGUCUAUCAAUGCUCGGCGCGGGCAAGGGCGAGGUCUGACAAAGAGCACAGGUCAGAGCUGGUGAUGAUUUGCUGGUGUCAGAAGAUGUCACAUGGACAGCCCUCUUGUGCCCUCGGCAUGACCCUGGAUGGGUGUGCAGAAUGUCACACAGCGACAGCUGCGCACCGGUUGCAUGCGUCAUGGUUGUACUCUUGAAAGCAGUCAUCUCGAUCGACGCAUGACACUGACGAUUCCGCUCCUUGAUGUCUCUUAGCUGCUCUCGCACGCCACAUCUACCUGCGCAAGGCUGUCGGUCUCUCCUCUUUGAUGAAGUACCAAGGAGGUGCGCAAAACCGAGGAUUCAGACCAGCCAAGCACGCCGACGCUUCCGGUUCCGUUCAACGCAAGGUCGUUCAGGGUCUGGAGGGAAUCGGAGUAUUGGAAAAGGACCCCAAGGGUGGUCGAAGAAUCUCUCAGGAUGGUAUGAGAGAUGUGGACCGUAUCGCUACGGCUGUCAGCGAGCAGCUCAGGGCUCAGGAGGAAGAGGAUGAGGACGAUGAGGACGAUGAUGAAGAUGAAGACGAGGACAACGAGGAUGACGAUGACGAGUAG